AUGGACGUCCGUUUAGCUCGUAGAUUUUCGUUAGCAGAACAGAUAGAUAUGGUUUACGGUGACGAAAAAUUAGCCGAGCAAGUCGAUAAUAUUUUUAUAACACCGCCAGAUGUAAAUGGUGUUGAUACAGACGAGGAUUCUGCGAAUGAAGAUGAAGGUGGAUUCGCAAAUAACCUAAUAGGUAGGCAGCUACGAGCGCAAACAGAAAUACAACUUUCUACCAAUGAAAGGAUCGGUGACAAGGAAGAAGUGCAGAUAGGGUCACAAGCAGUAGUGGCGACACCCGAAAGAGAAACUAGAGCAUCGUUUCAACUAAGGCAAAAUGAAACAAAAGAUGUAAUAAUGAAAAAAUGUACUUGGAUGCAAGGAGACUUACAGUCUGCAAGUUUUUCGUUUCCACAAGAAGAUUACUCUAGGUUAUUAGGAAAAGUUGUGCUGACUGUUAACUAUGAUAAGAAGAAGUCUGAGUUAAAAAUGUUUUAUUUCGAAUGCAGUCAUAUUUUUAUUUUGGUUCAUUUUUUUGAUCCAUAA